GAAAAUCAUGUCUAUCUACGAUAGAAGUAGCAAUUUGCCUGGAUUCUUUCUCGGUCGUGGUAUAUCAGAUUAUCGAAGAGAUGUUUUACAACAGAUAAUGAAAUUUUCAGAACAAACGAGACACUCCAGAUACAACAAAAGUCAAAUGAUUGAUUGUUUGAAUGAGCUCCUAACCACCGGAAACAUAUCCCGAAAUAAAAUCAACGCCAUUGAAACUUGGCUACAACGCGGUGCCACAGGUUCGAUCGCGGAUCACCACAAUCCACGAAAACGAGGAUCUUCAGCACCCGAGGCACCUCAAGCUACCAAUCACACGAGAGCUAUCAAACGCCCACGCAGAAGUGUUCGUGAAGAAGUGGUUGAGGCUCCAGAGCCUCAACUAAAAGAAUGUUCAAUCUGUGCGGAAGAACGCGCAUUCGCCGAUUUCCCCGAUCGGAUCACCGCUGGGUGUUUACAUGAUUCAUCAUGCUGUAACACCUGUCUUUCUCAGUCAAUUGGUGCACAAAUUGAAAGCAUCCAAUGGGACCAGAUUUCAUGUCCCGAAUGCCCGGAACUACUCUCUUUCGACAAUGUCAAGUCUUUCGCCUCUGAGGCUGACUUCGCUAGGUAUGACAAAAACGCCCUAUUGUCCUACAUCAGCAAUGAUCCUAAAUUUACUAACUGUUUGGGACCGAACUGCGGCGAUGGUCAGAUUCAUCAAGACGGUGAAAAUCAGCCAAUUAUGACAUGUGGGACAUGUAGUUUCAAGACGUGCUUUACCCACAAAAUCCCAUGGCAUACCGGCUUAACUUGUGGGCAGUUUGAUGUCCAGAACAGAGGGGCAGCAUCUGAGCAAGAGAAGAAAAGUCAAAGACUAAUCAAGAGGGCCACUAAGCCAUGCCCAAGUUGCAAUGCUCCGAUCUUGAAAAAUAAAGGCUGUGACCACAUGACUUGUACUCAUUGCGAUUAUGAGUUCUGCUGGCUGUGUUUGGCCGACUAUGAAACGAUCCUAACUACGAGCAAUGCGGCACAUAGGCCAAACUGCUUUCAUUAUCGUCCGGAUGGAAGUGGCCCAAGAUAUGCUUUUUAAACGGA